AUGGACCAAGAGAUUUUGUUGGAUGCAGGCGCCCAGUUACAUCGACUGAGGAUGUUUCCAUACUUCGAUAUUGCACAUUACAUAUUGAUGAUCUGUGAGGUUCGCGACGACUUAGCAACUUCAGCUUGUUUGUUCUCUCGCAAACAUCCUCUUUCAUGUUGGUUGUCCUCGAUGCUAAUGUGCUUCGCAGACUCCUUCCUCGCAAAUUUCCUCUUGGGUGAGCCGGUAAUUGCGCCAUUCAAACGGCAUGAUGACAUCCUUUUAGCGACAAUGGUGUGGUAUCUUGUCUUCUAUGCACCUUUCGAUGGAAUCUACAAGUUAUCGAAGGUCAUGCCGAUUAAGUGUUUGUUGUCAGUAAUGAAGGAGGUCAAAAGGGCUUAUAAGGUUACCCAUGGAGUGUCGCAUGCAGCUAAGCUCUAUCCUAGUUCAUAUAUCGUUCAAAUACUAGUUGGAACAGCGAAGGGAGCUGGAUCCGGUAUUCUUAAAACGGUUGAGCAGUUAGUGCGUGGUGUUUGGCUCCCAAACCAUAACGAAGCGCUCCGUCCUUCGUUUGCUACAAAAGCUUGCCUUGUCGCGUCGAUUGUAUUAUCUUUGGAGAAAAACAGCGUCUACGUCACUGCGCCACACGAUAUCGUAUAUUUGUGUGUAGUCGGCUUUUUCGUCUAUUUCAAACUUUCUGCUAUACUAUUGCACGUCACGGAUCCAUUUGCUCCCAUUGAAAAUCUAUUUUGCGCUGUUUUCAUGGGAGGAAUAUGGGACGCACUCUCUAGAGCUCUCGCUGCUGCUCGGGAACGACGUGCAGCCGGUCAUGCGAGCGAGAAUGGAACAAUUGCAAGCGGUGAAAAAAAAGAUUACUCAAGUAGAAUAUGGAUGUUUGGAGAAGGCCAGCCAGCAACUACGAUGAAGGUGUCGUCAGCUCGUCUUGAGAAGAUUCAGAUCAUGGAGGUCCGCCGGUGUAACUUCGAUGCGGUUUGGCCGUAUCUAUUAGCUUCAUUGAAAAAUGCAGAUUUCAUAUCCUUGGAUUUGGAACUGUCCGGUCUCGGAUCACGGUUAGCAACUGUUGCCAGAAAUAUUGAAGACCGUUAUACAGCACUACGUGAAGCUGCAAGAACAAGAAGCAUUUUGUCGCUAGGUUUGGCUUUCUUCAAAAAAAUAGGAAAAAGUGAGACGAAGAGACGAAUCAAGUUCCAGUGCCAGGUGUUCAAUAUUCUCUCAUUAUGCGCUGAGCCGUUCAUAGUAGAGCCCGAGGCUCUGGAGUUCCUUGCAAGGCAUUCAUUCGAUUUCAAUAAAUUGAUUGGCACUGGCGUGCGUUAUUAUCCAAGUACGGCUUCAAAGGAAUCUCCACUACAGUCAUUAGUAACGGAACUGUUUUCAUGUUGUGCGCCUCUUAUACUUCAUAAUGGGUUUGUGGAUCUCGCUUUUCUUUACCAUCAUUUCUACUCACCACUUCCUGACAGUUUUGGCGAAUUCUGUAACGCUCUUGCUGAUCUUUUCCCAUGGGAUUCGCCCCUGUGCGAUACGAAGUAUCUUGCAGAGAAUCAUACGCGAAUGACAGCGUCGUUCUUAGAAUACGUUUUCCGAAAAUGUCAAGGCGACAAUGUUCGCGAAGCAAUUGCCUCUCAAAACUUCCCAGAUCAUGUAAUACCUUGCGACCUUAGAGAGCAAGUGUGCGAGCAAUUUUCUAACCAUGGCUUCUGCCGUAGGCAGCGAAAAGGACAGUGCAGUUUGCUACAUGAUAUCGAUUUUGCUAUCGAUCUGGAAAAUGAAAAAUUGGAGAAGAAUCGAAAGAAGAGGAAAAGGAGAUUUUACCACUUAAAACCUGAUAGUACACUCGAAAAAGAACGGAUGAUGGAAGAAGAAAAAGAGGCACGAAAACUAAGAGCUUCUGUAAUUGAAAUGAAGAAUAAACCGAGAAUAGCAGUAGUUGGUUGUCAUCGUGCAGGCGUGGAUGCUUUCAUGACAGGCUACUCAGCGUUGUUUCAGAGCCGGAUCAGCUUAUGCCGUAGUGGAAAACUGGAUAAAAAUCAAGUGAAUCGCAUACCUUUGUCCGGAAAAGAACAGCCUCUUACGAUACAAGCGUCACAAUUUGCUGGGUGGACAUGGGAAUCGCCCAAUGGCGCUACUCCUGCGGAGAUCCUCCAAAUAGUUACACACUCCAUGGAAAAGAACAUCUACCAUCGGCAUCGAAGGAGGAAAGAAGUCUUAUAUCACGAUUUAAUGCUCGAGGAAUUCUUGUCCGAAGGUGAUUGGCAAAUCGAGGAGGACCCAAGCGUGGAUUACGAGAUGCUGCGAAGAGGAGUACGAGCCUGUGCUCAAUGUGCCUCGAAGCUGGAGACGACAAACUCGGUGCAGUUCUCGAAAACCACCAAGGAAUUGUUGCUAGGAAGAUGGAGUUUGAGGCUUGAUCCGAAUGCAUCACUCAUUGAUCAGUUAGUAGCAAACGGCAGAAUUACAGGAGGAUGUUUCAAAAUAUAUACAGAAGAAGAUUCUGAAAGCAGCACGAACAACUAUCUAAAGAAGCUCACCAGGUAA